AUGGACUUCUACGAGAUAGUAGUCUCAGAUUUUGAAAUUUUAGAAAAAGAAAACUUGUUAAGUGGUACUGAUUUAAAAGUUAUUGCAAAGCAACGGGCGCACUUCGAGGAAAAACUACAGUGUGCAAACGUGAAGGUAGAAGAAUAUUUGAAAUAUAUUGAAUUUGAAAAAUGUCUUCUUGCUUUCGUGCGAAAAGAUCUUUCGAAGUCUUCUUCGAAUUCCAGUACACAGAGAGCGAGCACACGGAAAAUCUUUCGCCUCUAUCAGCGCUGUAUACAGAAGAAUUCGAAUUCACUGAGAGUAUGGUUCAGUUUCCUCUUCUUCUGCCAUACUCACGGUAGCAAAGCGACGUCAUCUAGGGCUAUUUCACUCGCUUUACGCUACCAUCCAAAUUCGACUGGCUUAUGGUCUUAUGCAAGUAUGCGAGAGCGACUUUGCUCUGGAAAUUCUUUCCAUAUCAGUAUUUAUCAACGUGCCUUGAGACAAUGCUCCAAAAAGUUGAUAAUGUGGUUGGACUGCCUUCGUGUAGAACUUCAACGAGCAAAUAAAUUGCAAAUACGUUUAGAUUCUAGUUCUGACAUAAUACUUUCGGAAUUCCAAAAGAUUAAUUUUAGAGCAGAGAAAAGAAUCCUGAAGUUGUUCACAGCAGCAGCGGUAUAUUUGAAAGAUUCGUCCUCACUUCCACAGAGAUUUCUUGGAUUACUUGCUCAAUACAAAUGGACAGCGCGAAUCAAAUUCUUUGUCAUACAGCAGAUGGAUUUCCUUUCAAAUGCGGAGAUGUGGAGUGUAAAAGCUUGUCUUUUGCUAUUGAGUACGAAAUCGUGCCAAAAUGAUCGAAUUUUGCUGAACACUGUGUUCACUCCUGGUUCUAAAAAUUAUGAAGUGUUGAAUAUAUUUUUUGAUUCAAUCAGUGCUGAACUACUCCAAGAGGGACUUCAUGCUUCCCGCGAUUCAAUUCAGUGGUGUUUCUAUGAACAUCUGGCUUGUGUUUUCCUGAUCUCGUAUAGAAAAGGAAUAAUUUCCUCAUUACAACUAUUAUAUCUUUUUGCACUCUUUCUGUAUGGAGGUAACUAUUUAGAAGGAGAGUUUUUGAAAAGAUUUGCACUGUUCCCUUUUUUUUUUCGGCACGGUCAAACGCGGUAUGAUGCACAUUUACAAGAUGAUGCCAAUUGUAAUCUCAGAGAAAGUGAGUACAAGAGGGAUGAAGAAACAUUGCUUUUAAAAACUUUUGCGCUUAGUGGUAGAAAUGUGUAA